AUCUACAUAGCAAAUGGUUGCGCUGUGGUAUGGCGGCCUCACGCGCCGCCGAUUUAUACGUCUGUCAUUUGAUGCUGACACUGCUGAGCUUAUGACGUGUUAGUCAGCUGAGGUCCUCUCAAGCUCACAUGAUUUCUUAUUUUCGGGUUCUUCGUCUGUUUGGAGAAGCCGGCCGGUUCCGUCAUGGUGGGUUUGGGGCCCAUGCGGAGGUGAUCGAUGACGAGUGCUAAGAGGAGCUAGCAGCUUAGUUCAGCCGAGUCUUCCAGGAGCGACAAGAACCGAACCGAACCGAACCGAACCGACGCCUGAUCCAUGUCGUGACGUCAUCGAUCGCAUCGUCGUCAUCGUCCGCGGUUGAAAAUGGGUCCUGAGGGGAAGAAGCUGAUGAACAUCAUCGUCCUGGGCGUGGGCUUCAUGUUCAUCUUCACCGCCUUCCAGACGUGCGGCAACAUCGAGCAAACGGUCAUCAAGAGCUUCAACAGCACCACCUUCCAUGCCAGCGGGUACACCAGCAUGGCGAUCAUCUACGGCGUCUUCUCGGCAUCCAACCUCCUGGCGCCGUCGGUGGUGGCGGUGGCGGGCACGCAUCUGUCCAUGUUCUUCAGCGGGCUGCUGUACAGCGCCUACAUCGCCGUUUUCGUGUACCCGUACACGUGGAGCUUCUACGCCGCGUCCGCGCUGGUGGGCGUGGGCGCCGCCGUGCUGUGGACGGCGCAGGGCAGCGUGCUGGCGCUCAACUCCGACCGGCGCACCAUCGGCAGGAACAGCGGCGUCUUCUGGGCGCUGCUGCAAUGCAGCUUACUGUUUGGAAACACGUUCAUCUUCCUGGCGUGGCGCGGCCACGAGCGCAUCUCAGACAAGGACCGGCAGACGGUCUUCAUCUCGCUGACGGUCAUCAGCCUGGCGGGCUGCUUCCUCUUCUUCCUCAUCCGGACCCCCGACGCGGAAGUCUCGGGCCGCGCCGAAGUUGCUCCCGGCGAACGUCCGGACGCCCCGCUGCUGCCCUCCGACUCUGGCGACGGCGCAAGCGGCCCAUCUUCCUCGCACCUCUGCUCGCAAGCCGCGGACGCUUUUGUGCAGGCGUGCAAGAUGUUCGUCACCAAGGAGAUGUCGCUGCUCAGCCUGUCCAUCGCCUACACGGGCGUGGAGCUGACGUUCUACAGCGGCGUGUACGGCACGUGCAUCGGCGCCACGAGCGGCUUGGGGCCGGACGCCAAGAGCCUGAUCGGCCUGUCGGGCAUCUGCGUGGGCCUGGGCGAGAUCGUGGGCGGGGCCGCUUUCGGCAUGCUGAACAAGUGCAGCGGGCGACUGGGCCGGAAUCCCGUGGUGCUGCUGGGCCUGCUCGCGCACUACCUGGCCUUCUACCUCAUCUUCAUCAACAUCGCCGACGACGCCCCGCUGGCGCCUGACGAGGGAACGCAGCUCGCCGCCUUCAUACGCCCCAGUGUGGGCGUGGCCUUGCUGUGCAGCUUCCUGUUGGGAUUGGGCGACAGCUGCUUCAACACGCAGCUGCUCAGCAUCAUCGGCUCCAUCUUCCGGGACAACAGCGCCCCCGCCUUUGCCGUCUUCAAGUUCAUCCAGUCCGUCCUGGCGGCGCUGGCCUUCUUCUACAGCAACUUCCUGCCGCUGCGCUGGCAGCUCCUCAUCAUGGUGGCGCUCGGCUUCGCCGGCUCGCUGAGCUUCAUGGCCGCCGAGCGGCGGGCGCAGGCCGGCGGGCGCGAGGGAGGGGCCCGCUACGACGGCAUCUGAGGACGAGGAUGAUCCCUUUCGCGCGUUUCCGCCGUCGCCGAAUCGCACGAUGACUUUUAAGACGGCCCGAGGCGCGAUGGGAAACGCCGCUGGUGCUGGCCGAAGUCGAUUACAAGCUUCCGGAAUGCUGAAGUGAACGCCAAGAAGGGAAAAGAAGACAAACCUCAGAGACUGCAAUAAAAAUGUCAAGAGCAA